AUGGUCCUGAACGGUGUCGGCACGGGUAUGUUUCUCAAUGCCCUCUUUGCCGUCGCCCAAUGGCGGGCGCCUCCUCAGGAGACAUUGAGUGCUGUUGGAUUCAUCAUUCUCAACCUGGGCCAGAAUGAAAUCCGCCAUCGGUUCCCCACCUUUGACACGGCGCAGAUCCAGAGUCCUAUCUCCGGUGCCGGCAGCCAUCUUCUGGAAACCCUCAGUCAGGCCCAGCAGCAGGUCCUCGCGGCCAUUGUCCACGAGAUCAGUCAUAUGCCCGUUCUGUCCAUCACCUCCGGCUGCUUCUGUCUCUGCCUGUCGGUGUACAUGGAUCGCAGAAAAAUCAAGUAUGGCUAG